AUGAACCAGACACAGAGUCUUGCAAUUGUCAAGCAAUUGCUAAAGACAAGUUUGAGUUCCAUUACUUAUUUGAGGCGAGUGUUUGGCACUUUAGGUCUCUUUCCGGAAGAGAAUUACGAGGAUUUUCAAGUUGGAAGUGAGUCCGGAUCUUAUUAUUGUUUUUUCUUACAAGACAGUCUCACAAAUAGCAAUUUAAUAGGUCUUGCUUUAAAACACCUCAAGCGCGAUUACAGUCGUGAAGCGAACUCAUUGUUAGAUUGGCUGGAAACCGGUAUAUUCGACGCAUUAGCACACCAAUAUUUACGCGCGAUCAUAUUCGGGAUCUUUCUCGAUCCAAACGAGCCAAACAAACUCGUCGAGUGUUACACUUUCAAACUUACAUAUCCACACGGCGAGCCCUUACUCCGAAUAGAGAAUCAUGAGGGGCAGGUAUUGGCGACCGUUGGUGGUGAUAAUAGUGGUAACGCAAGUCUGAAUCAACAACAUGCAUUUACGAUUGGUGAGAUAAAAAAGUCUCUGCAGCAGCUGUUGCGUCGGUUGAUUUUGCUUACUCAGACAUUAAAGCCGUUGCCAGACAAUCGUUACAUAGUAGUAAAGCUCCACUACUACGAAGAUGUAACCCCGGCCAACUACGAGCCUCUGUUUUUUCGUGCUAGUUGCAGUGACCAAGAACGCUUGAUCUUUGGCCAGAAACCCGAAAAAAUACCAGUCGGCGAAGUAGAGACAGCUUAUCAUGGUCUCAACUUGACAAUUCAAACAAUCGCCGACUCUACAACUCUAGAAGAACUGGAUCAAGAGCCAAAUACAGAAUUCCGUAUUUCCAAUAUAAUCGAUUCUUCGUCAAUGAUAAUCGAAUCGCCUAGUGGUAAUGCGAAAAAACAGCCAAGCAUCGAAAAAUGGAGUGCAGAAUUAGACUUGGAUGAAGACGAAACUUUUAUGUUUAAUACGACCGCGACAUCUGCCUCUACUCCUAUUCCUGUCCAUCAACUUCCACGUCUUGGUGAUAUCCAAAAUACGAAUAAUCAAGAAAUAAUUCGAGUCGAUGAGGACGAGGAAGACAACACCACAGUAGUCUUUAUGGAGGAGACAUUGCAUCAAAUAACCGAGAUUGGUGUUGGUAGUGAUAGUAACGAAGAUAAAGAUAACAAGUGCAAUACUAAUAAAAAUAACCACAAUACAAGGGACAGCUCUAGCAUCACGUAUAGAGAAGCUUCUCAAACUCCACCACAUGUUCCUUCAACAGCCGAAAACUCAUUAUUAUGUGCCGAAGCAAAAACAUCAGACAUUUCCAACGAUGAUGAGCAAAAUAGCAUUACUAUCGCUAUUAAUUCACCUCGGAAGGCGAUUACCCAAACAUAUAAAAAUCCUCGAAAAUCUUCACAAGUUCAAGAGCAGCAGAAGCAACAAGUAUCGGAGAAAUUGCAAAGUUGCGACGAAGUAGAAGACCAAAAAGAAGAAAAGGUGCCCGGAAAAUGUCAGUGUGAUUGUGGCUCAAGAACUAGUGAUGGAGAGAUGAUUCGCUGCUCAAAAUGCGAUACAUGGGGCCACGUUGUUUGUUACGGGUACACAUCAAAACGAGAUCCACGACUGCUAGAAAAUCAUGUUUGCUAUAGAUGCUUACAUUCGGAAUUCGAGCGUAACAAGAAAAAUAAUGUUUCGGCGAAAAACGAUGAUGAGCUUUGGAGCAUUGAGAAAUUAGAAGAUUUAGCUUUACUUCGACGAAUGGUAAUUAUUUUAUGGAAUGAAGAGCCUCCUAAAAAUUAUCAGGUGUUGAGAGAAAGAUUAGGUAUCAAAUACAGUAAGGCAACACAAAGAGUACAAAAACGGCUGAAAAAUGAAGGUUUCAUAAAGCAAAAUUCGAAGCAGACGAAUAAUAAUGGCAGGGCAAAAAAUUCAAACGAACCGUUAUUUAUAGUGAUUAAAUCUCCCGAGAAUAAAUCCAAGAUGGAAAAUUAUUUUGAUCCGUUGUUAGGAAUUCCGAUGCUACAAGAAAACAAGGUAACAUUACCAGCUGUUGAGGAAUCAAAUCAUAGACUUUCAGCCUCUGAACCUUUUCGAAAUGUCACAAGUAAUAUUAAUAAUCGAAUUAAUGCUACCCCACCGCCGCCAGCUGCAUUACAAGUUAUAGAGGAAGCAAAUUCCAAGGAAACUUCUCCAAUGGAAAUUUCUCCCUUGCCAUCUUUUUCUCAAAAGUAUGGGGAAUCAAAUGCCAUCGAGAUUAAUUCUCCACCUUUGGAAUAUAUGGAAAUAUCCUCCAAACAUGGUCUAGAACAAGAUGUUAUUGGGGUACCACCACAAGAUCAUACACGGGGACGAAGUAGUAGUAGUAGUCAUGAUACUACCACAACUGCUAUUAGUGUCCUUAAUAAUAAUGAUGGAAGUAGUAGUGGGAUUGCUACUAGAGAUCAAAAGAAGCGUAAAGUCUCUAUUAGCAUUGGCCAUAUUGCAGUAUUGUAG